AUGGAUGACGAGUUAACUGUACAAUCUGCUCGAAAGAACUUUUCGACUGAAGAGCUUUUGAGACUUUUGUCCUAUUUCGAAGGCGAAAUUCAGGCCCGUGAUAUCGUAAUAGCUGCAUUAAAGUCAGAAAAGGCGAAGCAGCUGUUACAUGAAGCCAAAUAUGGACAACUUGCCGGGAGUGAUCCAGUCAGAGCUUUACAACGUGACUCCAGUUUUGUGGAUGAAGGAAAUGAAGUUGAUGAAUCUGCAAUUGGACACAUGUACGAAACGCAGCUGAUGCAACUGGAACGCUUAAUUAGUGUGCAACGGCGCUGCCACAAUCGAUCUAAACAGAUCUUAGCAGCUACAGAGAAGCGGCAUGCACGCAUUUUGCGAGAGUUAGAUGAAGAAAAACAGCGUUCUGCAGCUGAUGCUGCACAGGGUGAUGAUCUUUGUGUUCUACUUGAAAAUGAACGAACUCGUCUUCGUCAGCAACUGGAAUAUGAGCAAAGAGAAGGUGAAAAAGCUCAUAAGGAAGUCGAAAAACUGGAAAAAAAAUUGAGGGAUGAACAAGAACAUCAUAAGUCGAUGGUGUUGUUCUUGGUAAAUGAACGGAAGCAAAUGUUGUUUGAAGUACAUGAAUUGAAAGUUCAAAAUGGUCGUGGUUCUUCAUACGCCCAAGAGACAGCAUUGCUUGCAGAGAUGCGAAAAGAAGUAACUGCCCUACGCUCGGAAAGGGACCAACUGCGUACGGCUUUGGAUGCAGCUCUUUCCGAAGUGCAAGCCCUCAAAGAGAUUGCAAGAAACCAAGAGGAAGAUUUAUCCUUGAUGCGUACCAAUAUACUUGCUAACACGCGAAGUUACGCAAAUAAUUUGCGAUUUUCUGACGAUGGCUCCGUGGUUGUAGCAAACAAAGGUGUUUCAAACGCUUUAUCACCGUCCAAGAAUCUAACACCAGGCUUAUCGCCAGCAGUCAGCGAUUUGAGGCAUCCAGUACGAUCCCGACUUACGACUUCCUCAACCUUCCCAGCCAGUAAUCGGUUUCCUCAUAGUCGUGUUCCUCUUCCAGCACCAUCUUCUCAAUUAGUCUCAUCAAUUGCUCCACUUCCUCCCUCAAAGAAAGGACAACAUCCUGCAACAACUGCACGGCCGGUAACACUGUCAACAAUGCGCGGUAGUAAUAAUCAUUCGUCAUCGCGUGAUCGUGAGAACUCAUCAGAUUCGUCUGAAAAAAUAAAAAAUACAUACUCAGCUGAACCUGAAAUUGAGCAUUUGGGUGCAGUGAUUGAAUCGAUGAACACAGGUAAGCGAAGCGCUUCCUUGCCACGGAAUGGCAAAAAUGGGGUCAUCACUGGAUCACAGGCACGUAAACCUGUUCCAUCGAAAUCUGCUGUCACUGCCAGACGUAGUACAAUUUUCAAAGCUCUCGGUGUAUCCACACGCAAUGACAGGAACGGCACGUAA